UAAUACAAAAAAUUAUUGUAUAUUAAUGCCAUGAUCCAGCAAACAAUUAUUGCUGCUCCAAUAAAAAUCCAGUUUUUGCAAUAAGUUUUUCAUAAUUUAAAUUUGAGUUCAUAUAUAACAAAAAAUUAUUCAUCGCAACCUGUGUAAAAACAAGUUUCCUUCAGUAAAUGUUAUGGAACUGUUAUAAACCGGCUAAAUGCAUUUGAACGGAAAAAACAAGAACAGAACCAAUUUCAAGAUGCUCUUAAUAAAAUCAUGAAAAUUGGUCAAAUAUUAUAAUGAGUAUAAAAGCUGCAAUUAUCCAAAGAAAUGGUAUCAGUUUCUUUAGAACUCUCAAGAAAACUAUUCAAAUCAACCAUGUUCAAAUUCGUCCUUUUGGUUGCCAUUGUUGGCUUCUCAGCUGUUGCUGCUAUCGACAGCGAAAUUGGUGCUGAGACUAAGACUCUUGAGAAUGUGAUCUCACCUGCCGGUGAAUCAUUCCACUAUGCUUUCCAAACCUCAAACGGAAUCGACAUUAACUCAGCUGGUGACGCUAAAGUGAUCUCAGGAGCUUACAAAUACGUUUCACCUGAAGGACAAAACGUCCUCUUAACCUACACCGCUGAUGAAAAUGGUUACCAUCCAUCUGGAGAUCUUUUGCCAACACCACCACCAAUCCCAGCUGCCAUCAUCCGCGCUGUCGAAUGGAACUUGGCUCACCCACAAGUCCAAGAAGCUUUGGGCCGCAAAUUGUAAGGAGUGUCAGUUACUGACUUUUUAUAAUAGUCGUAUGGAAAUAAAAGCAUCUAAAAUGAAUUGAU